AUGCAAAUCAGCGAAACGAUUCUGCUUAUUAUCGCAACGAUAAUUACAGCAAUAUCAGCAUUAUUUUGCAUUAUAUCAUUAGCAACUCCAGGAUGGGUACUCAAAUAUGGUUUAUUUUGUUCGGGUUGUUCAACACCAUCAGCUGGUCUUUCUAUUGUUGCUUUUAUCUUAUUAAUGGCUGCUAUUGUUGUUCUUCUCUUAUUAAUUAUUCGAAUUUUACCAAAAACCAUUCGAAUUUUAUCUUUGAUAGUCUUAUUUCUUGGAACUAUCUUCACAUUGGCUUCAUUUGCAGCAUAUUUAGAUGCAGGAACUGGAUACUCAUAUAAACUAAUGGUUGUUGCUCAUUUUCUAUGUUAUGUAGCAUCACUUGUAGUUGCCUUUUGGCUUGGCGGUUCAUAUGGUACAACAAUAGCACCAACUAAUUGA